CAGAGCACGGCGGGCAUGGCGGCUGUCCGCGCAAGCUAGAAAAAUCACGCUGUGUGCCGGCGGGGCACAAGGAACGUGACCUAGUGUGGUACGCAGGCGGUGAGAAGGUAUCAGAAGGCGGAGCAGAGCCGCCAGGAGGAGCCUGCAUCGCAGAAGGCGGAGGGGGAGACGAUCGCACAGCGGAAGAUACAGCCUGCUACUGGUUCCUGCCCCCCUCUCCCUGAGACAGAGCUCUCAGCUCCUUGGGAGCCGCAGCAUGGCUGAGGGAACCUACAGUGUGCAAUCUGGAAACUCCAAUGUCGAAGAUAUGGAUGAGGGGAGCCACCAAGUUAGGGAGGAAGAGAUGGUUGGAGGCAACGACUAUGAAGAGUUUGGUGCUUUUGGUGGUUAUGGCACACUCACCAGCUUUGACAUCCAUCUGCUGAGAGCCUUUGGCACCUUGGGUUCCGGCUUUCACAUCUUAGCGAAUGAGCCCUGGGAACUGGAAAAUCCUGUGCUGGCUCAGACCCUGGUGGAGGCAUUGCAGCUGGAUCCAGAAACCCUUGCCAAUGAGACUGAGGCCCGUGCCGCCAAUGUGGCCCGCUCUGCCGCCUCCAACCGAGCUGCUCGGGCCGCUGCCACUGCUGCCCGUAGGUCCUUCACUCAGGUGGUGGCUAACCACCUGGUGCCCACACAACUGGCCACAGGAGACAGUGCCCAGCCUAUGACAUAUUCUGAGGCUCAGGGGCCCACCCCUGAGGCAAUCCUGGCCUCACCACCGAAGUCCCAGAUGUCUCAGAUGUCAGUCAUCAGUGAGAUGGCUGCUCCUGGGGCUCCAACAAUCUCCACACAGUCCCAGACGGCCUCCCUGGACCAUCAGGCUGCUGCCGAGGGCCCUGGUACUGCCCGUGCUGAGAUUCCUAGUACUGCCUGUGUAUUCUCUCAGGCUCCAAGUGCCAGUGAGACGGAUGCCACCUGGCCCCAGGCAGCCUUCCUGGGCCAGAAGGAUGUCUUUGAUUUCACUCAGCCAGCGGGUGUCAGUGGCAUGGCCUUCACGCGCCCCAAGAGACCUGCCCCAUCCCAAGAGGCCGCCACAGAGGACCCUAGCACUGCCUCUGGUGUGCCUCAGGCGGCAUCUGCCAAGGAAGUGGCAGCCACACGACCCAAGACCACCAAGUCUGGGAAGGCUGUGGCCAAGACUCGGUGGGUGGAGCCUCAGAAUGUUGCAGCCACAGCUGCUACCAACACCAAGAUGGCCACAAGCACCCCUGAGCCCGAGGGGGCAGCUGCAACUGCUCAGCAGAGUGGUGAGCCCUGGGCCAGGAUGGGAGGCAAAAGGACAAAGAAGUCCAAACACCUGGAUGACGAAUGUGAGAGCAGCGAGGAGGAGAGAGAGCCUCCUCCAGUCCCGGCAACCUGGAGAGCAUCGCAGACCCCAGUGACAGCGCGGGCUCAGGUGGGCCCUCGGCCCAUCAUGGCCCCAAGGCCCCAGACACCCUCGAGGCACAUACUGUGCUUGCCCCCCCGCAACGUGACCCUGCUGCAAGAGAGGGCAAAUAAGUUGGUGAAAUACCUCAUGAUCAAGGACUACAAGAAGAUCCCCAUCAAGCGCUCGGACAUGGUGAAAGACGUCAUCCGAGAAUACGAUGAACAUUUCCCUGAGAUCAUUGAACGAGCCACAUACACUCUGGAAAAAAAGUUUGGGAUCCACCUAAAGGAAAUCGACAAGGAGGAACACUUAUACAUUCUCGUCUGCACGCAGGAUUCUUCUGCUCGCCUCCUCGGGAAGACCAAGGACACUCCCCGGCUGAGUCUGCUCUUGGUGAUUCUGGGUGUCAUUUUCAUGAAUGGCAACCGUGCCAGUGAGGCUGUCCUCUGGGAGGCACUCCGCAAGAUGGGACUUCGUCCUGGGGUAAGGCACCCUUUCCUUGGUGACCUGAGGAAGCUCAUCACAGAUGACUUUGUGAAGCAAAAGUACCUGGAAUACAAGAAGGUCCCCAACAGCAGCCCGCCAGAGUAUGAGUUCCUCUGGGGCCUGCGAGCCUGUCACGAGACCAGCAAGAUGAGAGUCCUGAGAUUCAUUGCCCAGAACCAGAACCGAGACCCCCGGGAAUGGAAGGCUCAUUUUCUGGAGGCUGUGGAUGAUGCUUUCAAGACGAUGGACAUGGAUAUGGCCGAGGAACAUGCCAGGGCCCAAAUGAGGGCCCGGAUGAACAUCGGAGACGAAGCUCUGAUUGGACGGUGGAGCUGGGAUGACAUACAGGCCGAACUGCUGACCUGGGAUGAAGACGGGGAUUUUGGCGAUGCCUGGGCCAGGAUCCCCUUUGCUUUCUGGGCCAGGUACCAUCAGUACAUCCUGAAUAGCAGCCGUGCCAACAGGAGAGCCACAUGGAGAGCUGGCGUCAGCAGUGGUACCAAUGGUGGGGCCAGCACCAGCAUCCUAGAUGGCCCCAGCACCAGUUCCACCAUCCGUACCAGAAAUGCCGCUAGAGCUGGUGCCAGCUUCUUCUCCUGGAUCCAACAGCGCUGAGGAGCUGCUGUGGUUGUCCUCACCCAGCCAGACAGCCUCCUCAGAGGCCCUCUCACACAGCACUCCGGGCGCUUCUCCCUGUGGGUCACAGGGGCUGUGAAGAUGGAGCUUCCUUUACUCUUCCUGCUUUCGCUGUGUGCUUUUCCUUGUGUGUUCAUGGUUUUGGUAUCAGUGUUACAUUAAAGUUGCAAAUCAA